AUGCAAAGACAGAUCGUUGGAACGCUCAACGUCCGCGCUCUUGAUCACAUCAAACAAGAUAUACUCGAGCAUCGAAACGACGAAGAGUACGACGUCCUGUACCUGACCGCAGUACCUGAUUCCAGGCACAAUUUUCGUGUGCGUAUCGAGGAUUUUCAAAGUCUCGAUUUCGACAACUCCGAUCAGUGGUCUCAACGUCUCUUAUACGCACUCUACUACUUCAACCAGUCUCACCCUCGUGGAGUGCCAUUUAUCGUCGAUCAAGUCUGCGCCGCGCUAGUGCACGGAGCGUAUAUUCCAAGCAUCGACCAGCGUGACAAUAUUAGUACCUUAAACGCUCGAGCUGGCAACGAAUAUCGCAUUGCAGUCUAUCAAAACGCUCAAUGUACUGGCCAGGUCAUUCCUUACUCUGGCGAUGACGAGGAUUGCCACACUGGUCUCGGUAGCGGCGGUGUCGGAUUGCAGCUCUUGGCUUUAGAUGCUGACGGCCAAAUCGCGUUCUUUGACAAGCCUGAUUGUAACGGUAAUCUUGUGGCCGCCUUCAAUCCAGAUCAGGACCACACCGGAACGGAUUGCAAGCCUCUGCACGGAAUCCCUGUUUCCUUCCGAUUCGAAAACGCUUGA